AUGACAGAAGCCACACCAACCAGUGAAAGUUAUGUGGACCAUCCUCCAAUCUGUGACAUUGAUAGUCUGCCUCCAAAAGCAUUGAUCUUCACCAUUUCCCUGGUUGGGCUGACUGGAAAUGCAUCUGUCAUCUGGUUUUUGGGUUUACGCAUGCGCAGAAAUGCCUUUUACACCUACAUCCUAAACCUGGCUGUGGCUGACUUCCUCUAUCUCUGCUUCCAUAUCGCUGAUGUCCUGCUGGAAGUCAUCAGAAUCAUCCUUCCCAUCCACAUCCCUACAUAUGGCAUCAUACGAACUGGGGCAAUCAUUUUCUACAUUGCAGGCCUGAGCAUGCUAAGCACUAUUAGCACUGAGCGCUGCCUGUCAGUCCUGUGGCCCAUUUGGUACCACUGCCAUCGACCAAGACACACAUCCGCUAUCAUGUGUGCCCUGCUCUGGUGCCUGUCCAUAGUUCUGAGUACCAUGGAGAUAGUGUGCUUUUUUCAUUUCAAUGAAGCAAUAGAUCAGUGUAAAAAUGUUGAAUUUACUAUAGCUGCAUGGCUAGUUCUUUUAUUUGUGAUUCUCUCAGUGUCUAGCCUGUCCCUGCUGGGUAGGAUGCUCUGUGGAUCCCAGAAGAAGCCUCUUAACAGGCUGUUUGUUACCAUUAUGCUCACAGUAUUGGUUUUCCUCUUCUGUGGUCUGCCUUUUGGUGUCUUUUUUUUCCUGUAUUACUGGAUUGACAAUAAUUACCAUGUACGUUUUUGCCUUUAUCUGGUUUCAAUCAUUUUGUCCAAUGUUAACAGCUCUACCAAUCCCAUUAUUUACUUCUUUGUUGGCUCCUAUAGGCAGCGGGCACAGGGGUGGAACCUCAAGCUGGUGCUUGAGCGGGCUCUGCAGGACACUCCUGAGGAGGGUGAAUGUGGAGGCAGCCUUCCUCAGGGAACCCUGGAGACAUCAGAAGGCAGAGUGGAGCAGGGAUGA